AUGGAUACCGAAACUCUCUAUCUUCCCGAAGAUAUCAUCCAAGAAAUACUAUCAUAUCUUCCGGUGAAAACACUCUUGAGAUUCAGGUGCGUUUCGAAAUCAUGGUACUGUUUAAUCGGCAGCAACCGAUUCAUCAAAACCCAUCUCCUGAAAUCAAAAACUCACCUCCCAAGACAUGAGCGUUGGCAGAACAUCUUCAUGUCCAAUUCCAAAAACCCUAAUCUUCUAUUUAAACGAUGCCCUCACGAUGAUCUGAUUCCCAUAGAUGAUCCGAUUAACCAUCAUCUCAUCCGCGGAAGUAAAUUUGUGGGUCAUAUCAAUGGGUUGGUGUGUAUUCGCAAUUUACCAGCAUUAUUCUUUUUGUGGAACCCAGCCACUAGAAUCUCUAUCCAAUUAACCAAACCAGACUGUGAGCUUGAAUGUAUCGUGAAAUCAGGGUUUGGUUGGGAUCCCCAAAGUGAUGCAUACAAGGUGUUUGCUGUUUUGUCUAAAAAGAAAAUAAGGGUGAGUAAGAUUUACAGCAGCAAGACGAAUGCAUGGAAAACAGUAGAGCAGCACGGGAGUCUUGAUUUGGUUGAUGUGGAUGGGGAGUUUUCUAAUGGGAGGAUUCACUGGCUUUUGAGAAAUGGAUGGAUUGAAACAUUCGACUUGAGGAGUGAGGUGUUUGGGAGGAUAGAGCUCCCAACCAAACAAAUGGUUGGCGAUCACAUCUGGUUGAAGUCGUGGACUCAGUGCGACCUUUGUGUGGUGUACUAUGAUUCUGACAAGAAAAUGAGAGAAGUUUGGCUCAUAUUGCUGGAACUCGGAGAGAAGCAGUCUUGGUUUGAACUUGAACUGGAUAUGCGAGCUUGCCUUCCUUAUUUUAAAUCGAAACCUUGUUACUGUAUUGAGAGUUUAAUGCCACCAGUUUCUCACAAGAUUACCUAACCUAAUAUGGUCAUAGACUUAUAAUAGUUACUUAUAAUAGUUACAAGAUUACCUUGUAACUUGAAUAUAGUUAUGGACUAUGUUAUUAGAUGUUUUUAGUUAUUUUUAUGCUAUCGUUUUUUUUUGUUUAUCAUCUUUGAUUAGAAAUUUUACGCCA